AUGGCCGGUCUCCCGUCCCCGCGACCCUUCUCCACUGCCGCCCGCGUGCACCCAACCUUCCAAGCCCACCUCAACCCGACCUUUACUCCGCACCACGCCGCCCCCAGCGCCGCCAGCAUCGCCCACAUGCACGCGACUCUGCGCCCCGCCGCCCGCAAAAUGCCCAAAUGGUUCAUGCCGGUGACGGCCGCCUUGGCUUUCGGCGUCGCCGCGACCUCGUACCUCGACCGCCGCUACAGCCCAACGCGCUCUGCCGCCGGCCUCUCGCAAGCCGAGGCCCGCUCGCUGGCCCAGAACGAGCGCAACGCCGCACUGAUGGCGGCAUAUGGCUCGCGCGACUCCCUCGAGGACAUGCAGAAGGCCAUUGAGCUCUACGAGGUACAAUAA